AUGGAAGAGAUUGAGAAGUACCAGGCAAAGAUGGGGAAGAACUUGGGCUGGUUCAAAACGUUGCUGCAGAAACCCAGGAAGAGGCCGGGUGCCUCAAAUGGUACCCCUGGGUGUCCUCUUUCCUCCCCUUCACCUCCCGUGCAGAGAAGUCCCAGCACACUUCCUCGUAGCUUGACCGGCAGCCCCAAACUGGGCUGCUCCAUCGCCCGGAUUGUAAGCCAUUCCGAUAGCGCCCGAUGGAGCAAGUUAUACGAUGUCUGCAUUUGCCACAGCGAGGGGGACCUUGAGUUUGUGGAAGCGCUGGUGGCCUACUUGGAGAGCCAGCCCGAGCAUUUCCGUUGCUUUCUUCAGCUGCGGGACGCUGUUCCAGGCGGGGCUGUUGUGACGGAGCUGUGCAACGCCGUCCAGAACAGCCACUGUUGGGUGCUGUUGAUCACACCCAACUUCCUUAAGGAUCCUUGGUGUUGCUACCAGAUGCACCAUGCCUUGACAGAGGCUCCCAUGGCGAACGGGCGUACCAUUCCUGUGCUGAAGGAUAUAGACCGCACCGACUACCCCAGGGAACUCCGAUGCAUUUACUACAUCAGCGUGGUGCUCCAGGAGAACAGUUUCCGACAGAUCAAAGAGACGAUACUGCGUUAUCUCCUGGACUUUUGUCAAAACACAAGAAGCAAAGACUAAAUCCACUUUUUUUAAAUGAAAAAAAAAGAUACUUGGUUAAAGGAAGGUCCAAAGGAAAGUCUUGGGACUUGGAGAAGAAGCCUUUAUGGUGAAGCUAUCCUCUCUCACUGAGGUUGGCUUGAUUUGAAGGCAGAUUCCAUUUCAUGCUGCGAUUUAACUCUCCGUAUUUGACUGAUUAGCUUUAUUUUGGAGAUGCGGGAUGCUUUAAUCAUCUUGUUUGCCCUCGGAAAUAGACUCGGUCGAGAAACAAGGGCUGCAGGGAUUCCAGGAAUGCAACUAUUAUGAAAGACGGUUAAAAUCCUUCCAAAAUGCCCCCUUUUAAGGACACAACAGGAUUAAGGUCAAGGCGGAACUGUUUUGAGUUUCAUAGUUUUUACUUUCCCGGAACUGAGGAACUGUUUCACAGAGCUAAAUUCCAUCAUUAUACUAACGAUUCUUGUGAGAUUUGGCGGACAGUAGAACACUAAUUUGUAACAAGAAGAUACAAGUGGUUGUGUUCAUGGGUCAGCUGGUCAUGCCCUUGUCUGUAAUGUCCGACUUCCUUUCCUUGCCAUCAAUUUUGGGCUUUCUCUGCAGUCUUAACAGUUGGCCAGUAUGCUGCGGCUUUGUUCUUUUAGUCACAUUCAGCUGGUUUCCAGUUUUCUUCCACCCAUAAGAGUUUUCCUACUCCUCCUUUUUUUCCUUUUUCUUUUGUAUUGUGUUCCUCCAAACCUGUUGCAAGCUUCUUGAUAGUCCUCAACUUACAGCCAUUUGUUUAGCGAUUGUUCAAAGUUACAACUGCACUGAAAAAGUGACUUAUGACUUGGUCCUUGCACUUAACACCAUUGUAGCAUCCUCAUGGUCAUAUGCAAUGAUGCUUAUGUGAGCACAAGCAUCAUCGUAGGUUGAACGUAAAUUCGGAUGCUUGGCAACCAGCAUGUAUUUAUUAUAAGGAUCGUAGCAUCCCAAGAUCAUGGGAUGGCCAUUUGUGACUUUCCCAGCAGGCUUCCAACCAGCAAAAGUCAGGUGGGGGUGCGGACUGGAUUUGCUUGAUGAUUAAGUUAACAGCUGCAGGGAUUUGCUUGACCCUGGCAAAAAAAAAAGGUCAUCAAAUUGGCCGUGACUCGCUUAAUAACCAUCCUGCUUAGCAAUCCAAAUUGUGGUUGUAUAAAGUUCUUCCUGAACAUCAGGCAUAGCGAAUUCUAGACCUGUGAGCAUCAUUGCAUUGGAUGGCUGACAGCUACAAAAAGGUUUCUGCAACAUCUGGGGCUUUAUACACAGGUGUCCAAAUUAUAUCCAAAUACAGGUAAUCCUCGAUUUAUAACUGUUUAUUUAGGGACCAUUCAUAGUUAACAACAUCACUGAAAAAAGGGAGUUGUAACCAUUUUUCACGUGACGAUUAGCAGCAUCCCCAUAGUCACAUGGCCAAAGUACAGACAGUUGGCAACUGGUUCGUAUUUAUGACGGUUGCAGU